CUUCUGUUAUUACUGUUCUUCUCAUCAACAUAUUGGAAGUUUACUGGAGAAAAAUUCUUUAAAUGUGAAAUGUGGUGGAUCAAUAUUUCUUGUCCCCUUCAAACACACUGCUCACUCUGCUGAAUAUUGUACUGAGCCAUGAUCCUUCCGGUCUUCAGCAGGGAACAAGGUUCUGCCUGUCUUCCACACCACCCUCACCCAAUGCUCAACUCCAUCUUCUACAACCUGAGGAACAUGGAGGAGACGUCGAGGCCCUGAGCAGAUGGACCCAGAGGUCUGUUCUCUGUGAUAUAGAUAAAAGGUCUGCCCCUUUCCCCGGGACUUAGGUGCAAGUCCAUUAAGCAUUGCGUAGGAACUGAAAAUAUUAUCUUAUACCAAGAGUGUGGAGACUAAAAACCAUCUACAUUCAAAUAAACUGCUCAGGUCUGUCCAAAUUGUCUUCUGAAUGUGUGGAAUUUAAAUAAGAUUUUAGCAUCCUGCUUCCCUGUGAACCAGAGACAGGCCCACACCAGGACCCCAACAUGAGACACCCCUCAUCGGAGCAGAGAGGUGCCCUGACUGGGGUUCCCUAUUCACCCCAUGGUGGCUCCACAGUUCAACAUCAGACACACAUAGGUUUGAGGCUGCCACUCCCACAAAACUGGGAUGUCACAGCUUCAAUCAAGGGAUGACAAUAAGGACCUGGUGAGAAGGUCUCCAAGGUCCCUGUGGGCCUUGCUACACCUGUGUCUCCUCUUUACUAUUAUUCUUUACACAGAAUAUCUUUAUAUUUUAGAAUAUUAUUCUUUAAAUAGGUGUCUCUUAAUUGUCCUUUUAAAAUUAUGAUUAAGGCUGUUCCUCUGUCAGACUGCUGGCGAUUUAGUGUCUCUGUUUGUUAUGGCCACUGCCAUCGCUAUGGAGACAGAUGAUGCUGGAAAUCGACUUCGGUUUCAGUUGCAGUUGGAAUUUGUACAGUGUUUAGCCAACCCAAAUUACCUUAAUUUUCUUGCCCAUAGAGGUUACUUCAAAGACAAAGCUUUUGUUAAUUAUCUUAAGUACUUGCUUUACUGGAAAGAACCAGAAUAUGCCAAGUAUCUAAAGUACCCUCAGUGUUUCCAUAUGUUAGAACUGCUCCAAUAUGAACACUUUCGAAAGGAGCUGGUGAGUGCUCAGUGUGCGAAAUUCAUUGACAAACAGCAGAUUCUACACUGGCAACACUAUUCUCCGAAGCGGAUGCGCCUUCAACAAGCCCUGGCAGAACAGCAACAGCAAAAUAACACGUCAGGAAAAUGAAAAGCUGGAAACAGACCAGGCUCUUAAAACUAUAUAUAAUGUAUUUCCAUUAUACAGUGAAGACAAAACAAGAGACUUCCUGCCUACCUUUAUCGUGGUAGCACCUGGAUACUUUAGUGUGCUUUUAAAUCCAUCUAACUUUUUAUUGUUAAUACAUUACUUCUGUUAAGCCAAACUUGUUCUACUUUGAUUUCCGGAUGGAUUUGUAAAUUUUUAUUAACAUUUAACAGAAUCAAGAAAGAAUGGAAAUGUUAGGUGCAGGGGAUUGGGCUAUCAAAUGUAAUUAACUCUAAGCCUAUUUCAUGACUUAUAAUAGUCCCUGGGGCAAGUCCUCUCUUGAAUCUUUUUAUCUCUUGGAUCACCUUUUCCACCCCUCUUAUCUACUAAAAGAAAGGACUAAAGUGGACGACCUCUUUUUAAAUCACAAAGCAAAAAUCCCAUAAAGGUUUUUACAUGGUAUAGGAAAGGAAAUACUUUGCCAGAUUUUUUUAGUUGUAGUUGGACACAAUACCUUUAUUUCAUUCAUUUACUUUUAUGUGGUGCUGAGGAUCAAACCCAGGGCCCCAUGCACCCCAUGCCCCACGCAUGCUAGGUGAAUGCUCUACCGCUGAGCCACAAUCCCAGCAGCCAGAUAGCAACUUUAAGAAAGAAUUGUUAGUAUGUCCCUGACCUAGUGAAAGGUAUGGAGAAGAUUGGUGUUUGGACUCUUGACCUCAAGUUUGAACAAAGAUGAGCCUCAAAUGCUUGUGUUCAUUUGGGAAAGUUAAUAUUUGGCCAGUACUACAAACCACAUGCACCUUAAAUGCUGCCUUGCAUUCUCAUUGAUCCUUAUUUGUAAAGGAGGAAAAAGCUAUUAAGCACUAAAAUCAGUGUGUCUGACUCACAUUCUAGAGUUUUUUUUUUUUAAAGCAUUUUUUUUUUUUUUAGAGAGAGAGAGAGAAUUUCAAUAUUUAUUUUUCAGUUUUUGGCUGACACAACAUCUUUGUUUGUAUGUGGUGCUGAGGAUCGAACCCGGGCAGCACGCAUGCCAGAUGAGCGUGCUACCGCUUGAGCCACAUCCCCAGCCCACAUUCCAGAGUUCUUAUAACUAUGUUAUCUGGUCUCCAGUCUUCCUCAAGUGAAGCACAUUCACACAGCUAUAAAACAGAACUGCCUGAAUUAAGCAGCUGGGUUAGAUUCAUGCUGUACUUUCUCUAAGUGGUUAAAUUCUACAUUCCAAAAGCAAAGAAGUGGUUUUAAAAAUAUCUAUUGUUCUGCAAAUUCCUGGAAUUGAAGAUCCUAAUCCCUUCAGAGAUUUGGAAGUUGUCUAUUUUUUUAACCUCCAAUAAUAUAUUCCUUUGAACUAUGACUGCCACUGCUGAACUUAUUUUACUCAAAUCUUUAAGAUGGCUAUAUGUUACAAGAAAAUUGAAGGUUCAUGAGUAUUUUUAAAAAGCAUUCUUUAUUGUUUAGACAUAAGCUAAUUUUCGUAUCAUUUAUUUACUGUUAAAAUGAAUGCAAAUUUUUAUAUCAUUUAUUUACUGCUAAAAUAAAGACAUUAUUUAUAACUAGAGCAAACCAGGAAAAAAAUAAAUAAAAUAAAAUUAUGAUUAAAAUUACUUCCCAGUGUAGGGAAUAGUAUACAAGUCUUACAGUGUUUCACGGACUAUAGGUCCAGUUACAGAAUGUAUAUAAUACAAAUGGAUUUCUAACAAUGUUUGUAAGUUUUAUUGCUCAAAACUCACAUAUGGUAUUAAUGUGGAGAACAUUUUGAAUAUAAUGUUUUCUCAAAUCCCACAAACAUCCAAUGAACAGAAAUGAUAUGCAAGAAUCAGCAGCAAUCAUUGCAAUUACUGAUAUCUUUGAAUCAAUUAAAUUUACUCUCCAGUGAGAAGUGUCAAAAUUGGAAUUUAAGUCAGCAUUUUAAAACACUUAUUGUUUGAUCAAGGUUGUAUAAAUUUGAUUCAUUAUAAAUUGGUUCUUGGUCAAACAGCACAAACUUUAGGUAUAAGUUUAAUAUUUUAAUGAGCUCUGUCAUGUCAGAAUGUGGAGAAGCACCUUAGCUUACAUCAGCAUAAUAAAAUCGGGGAAGUAGCCUGAAAAAUCCUACAAUUGAUUAGUCCAAAUAUAUAUAAUCAGUCCAGUUAUACAGAAAUCUGUUUUUCAAAUGUUUUAACUUUCCAUGUCAUCUGUCUAGAUAAUUAUAUAAACAUAUCCUUAUUUAGAAAAACCCUUUCAUCAUGAAAAUUUAGAAGAUAAAGACCUUUUCAUUGACCCAAAGAUGAUUUCUUUCUUCUUAGGACCUCCUAGUAGACAUCCUUUUCUUUCUUUUACUUAGAACUGGAUAAUCAUACUAGCAAACGUGUGUGUUUCCUCUCUGUAGAAACAUCUCCUUUUCCUUCUCUAGAAAUCCUUCUUUGUGUAUACUUUGGAACAAUUUUUAUAAAUCUUAGAAUCUGAACAAAUUAUUGUACCUUAAUAAGAAGUUUCUCAAUGAAAAUAUAGUUAAAGCUGUUGGACAUUUCUGUUGACAUAAUCAUAUCUAUUUAUCAUAAAAAUUUGUACAAAAUUUGAGAAUUAGAGAUUACUUGAUGGUUAUAUCUCUUGAAAUAGAUAUUCUAUAAUCAAACACAUUUAUCUUAAAUAUCUGUACCAUAAAAUGCAGAGCAUAAGAGCAUAUAUAAGAAAUAUAACUUAUGUGUUUUCUGUUGAAGAAAAAUGAUUAGAAGCAAAUAAAAAUAUAUUAAAAAAUAAGACAUAUAUGUUAAUUAUUUCAUGAAUUAAGGACUCUGGAUGAUCCAAAUAACUGGAAAGAUAUACACUCAUAAUAAAAGUUUAACAGUAUUAUACAACCAUGGAAUUUUAAAAUAAGCCUCAUUAAAUCAUGUAUUUGGAUCCAUUUA